UCACCCUCCUCAGUUCCCAACGCGAGCGCCAACGGCGGCAUCGCAUCGCAUCGCUCUCGUGUCGCGUCGCGUCGCGCCACCGCCCACCGCCGCGGCCCGCGACGACCGUACUACCACCAGUGCGCUCUCGCCGCCACGCGGCGCCGCCGCUCGCCGCCAGCAAGGAGGAAGGAAGUUAAGCUUUAGUUUUGUUCUCGGUUCUCGAUGGGGAACUGCCAGGCGGCGGAGGCGGCGACGGUGGUGGUGCAGCACCCGGGCGGUCGUGUGGAGCGGCUCUACUGGGCCACCACCGCCGCCGAGGUCAUGCGCGCCAACCCGGGCCACUACGUCGCGCUCGUCACCCUCCGCGUCGCCGAGGAGAAGCGGCCGCCACCGCCGCCGCCGCCGCCGCCGGCGCGGGCCGAACGGCGCGGCACCGGCACCGGCACGGUGCGGGUGACGCGGGUGAAGCUGCUCAAGCCGCGGGACACGCUGCUCCUCGGCCAGGCCUACCGCCUCAUCACCGUCGACGAGGUCACCAGGGCGCUGCAGGCGAAGAAGGAGGAGAAGUCGAGGAGGGCGGCGGCGCAGCAUCAUCACCUGGAAUCCAAGCCCGCCGCCGCCGCCGCCGUCGCCGCCGGAGUUAGGAUCAAUUCCGGCGGCGACGACCACACGCAGCUCGAUGAGAAUCUUGAUCAGCAUGACAGAGACGGCCAACGGAGCAGCUCGGCGACACAUUCUAGGCAUCGUCAAUGGCGCCCAUCACUGCACAGCAUCGCCGAAGUCAGAAGCUGACACGAUCGUCAGUGGCCGGCCAGUUGAACUGAUCUGUGUUUUUAGAGUUCAUGCUCAUCAUUUCAUCAGAAGUGCAUUUUCAGCUGAUGCGAUGUUCAGUUUGGUUGUGUUGGGUUCAGCAUCUCUCAACAGAGAAGAAGAUGAUCAGUAGCUCUGAAUGCAUCAUAUUCAGAGUUUCAGUUAGUAGGUACCAAGUCACUGUAAGAAAUCACCAAUCUUACUCAGGCCAUUUUACUGAGGUCAAGAUUGUUUCUGGCUUGGGAAGUAAGUUGGUACCUUAAUUUGCAUUGCAUCUUAGAGUUGGCACAUACAGAGGGGUAUUUAUUAAUCAAAAGCAGGGUGAUGUACUAUUAUAUAUUCAGUUUAAGAUGCAAAGUACAUCCUUUGCAGAUAGCUUUUUAAGGAUUCUUGUGUAUUUUACUGCUGCUCUUUGGGUGCCGAAUUUGUGAUCAUUGGAUCGCCGCAA